CACAGAUUUUGGUUCACAUAGUCGAAAUUUCUACCUGGGUUUUAAUAUAAUUGGGCAUAUAUGUGCCUUUGCAAUGGCAUUCGACAACUUACACAAUGGGACUGUAGUAGCCUUCUAUCUCACCAUCUCCGCUGUACUUGCGUCAGCGGUGUUCUUCGGCUUUAUAUUGUUAAUUUUGUUUAGAAUCUGGAUCUGGUGGUUAGAUUACGUCCGGCCUAAACAGGAUAAAAGCCGGAGAAGCACAAUUAUGACUAAAUAUGAACGACGUCAGAUAAGUGAUAGCAAAAGCCAUGCAAAAUUAGCUGAAUGCGACGAUCGAAGAGUGAUGCCGUCCUGGUACGCAAAAGGUCAUCAGAGGCAUCCAAGGGGUUCAAUGUCAAGCCUGAGUGCAAGUGGGAGUAGUGCAGACGGAGAUUUGAAUACAGUGGAAGUUGUAGAGGCUAUAGAACGAAAUAAUAGACGAAAUGAGUUUAGUGGUGAGAAAUCAAGAAAUGAAUGGAGCAGGGGAUCUGAGUACGUAGAUAGUAUCUACAGACAAGCAGGCAACAAACCUAGCUCGCAAUACACCUCAGGGGAGUAUAGGGAUCGUAUAAACAGACCCACCGACUAUGAGGCUACAGGUGCGGUUGCGAAUGGUUCAGGGCAGUCGCACACUGUGUAUCCCUCGGGAGAGUGGGGUAGAAGGGAAGAGCGCGAGGGGUUGAACUCGCUGUACGGCUCAUACGAUGGUCUAGACACAUUUGUGCCACCAGAAAUGUCAUUUACAGGGGAGGAUAGGGGCCGUAUGGCAGGCGACAGAUCAGAUGAUAAUAUUGCUUCGAACGCCGAUUAUACGCUUGGAGACCUCGGCGGUGAUAAGAAAACGAACGCACGCGGUGGGAUGGGCAUGCGUUCAAAUGAAAACGGAAAUGAACACGAGGUGAAUAUCCACGAGGACGACCGUAUACGUGGUGCUAGAUCGUUUGGAGAUGUUGCUAGACGUAUUUCGUAGGCGAAACGACUAAGCUUAUUGGCUGGUAUCCAUUUUAGCGCAAUUAUAGCCUGCCUAGUAAAAGUGUUUUAAGAAUAAUUGCAAGCAUUACUAGCGACCUGUUCUAGUCUACGUGCCUGUUGCUAAGUAACAUCAAUCUUACUGGUAGCGCGAGGCCAUAUGCGAAUAUCACACACGAUUUGCGUCUGCUAGUACCGGCUGCAUUAGGUCACUGGAAGGGGCGACGGGUUGUUUGUGGAGAAGAAGCAGGAUCAGAUGAAGUGAUUCAUACCUACUUUUAUAAGUUACAACUAUAGCAGCUCCUUCAUUAUUUUUCUUCGUCAGGAAUUGUUGCUCCGCAGAGUAGCGACUAUGACAUAAUUAAUCUGUAUCGUUCACAUCCUGAAGGACAACGCACAAGUGCGAUUCGUGAGGUACCCAUUGAAGAUUUGUAUUCAAUUACAUUUGGUGACUUGAACCAUAAACUGUAACACGACGCUCAGCCCAAACGUCCUGAGAAAUAGCAAGCGAAAGCACUUAACUCCAAGUACAUUUUAACCACAAGUCUGUUUCAAGCGUGGCAUGGAGUCAUGGAGGGUUUAGCAGAUAUUAAAUUAGCAUCCAGAGAAGUACUCAGUUGCAUCUCAAGUGCUAUAUCUUCAUAGCCUCACAUCUACGACCUACUGCAUAUUAUCUAUUGAUUUCAUCAGAGGUAUGCGUAGACUUGUCGGUCCCACUCCGAUGAAUCCUCAUUCACUGUGGCAGAGUGAACGAUGUGCAGUAUAUAAAUGCGUCUAUGCAAUGCCUCGAUAUACGGCAAUACCUAUUAAUCAGAAUGGUGUCCUGGACUGCGCACUUGGUGUAUGUAUAUGUAAAUCGCGCCGCGAUGUGUUUCUGAAUGUGCACUUUGCCAAGCGAUAAGAUUGUUUGUAUUGCUAACCUAGCACACGGUGACGCAUAUAGCUUGGUCACAAUACACUACCCGAAAAUUAGGAUCGACCAAUACACCAAUUUUCAAACGAACCCCCAAUAAAUUGACAUCUCCACCUUGGAGUUGCUAUAAGCUAG